AUGCAGAAAGAUGAAACCUAUCUAAGAACUCCCCCCAUAAGAAAGCUCAAUAAUGGACUGACUAUUUAAUAAAAAAUCAAUCAACUCAAUAAGAAGAGCAGUAUUAAAUUUUCUGAACUGACAAAAGAAUAGCCUUCCAAUUAAAAAAUAUCAUACCGACGACCAAGUCUCCCUCGUAAACCAGUUCAAAGAAUUCAGUAAGGUACUCACUCUCCCCCUAUCCUACCCUAGCUAUUACCAUACAAAGAAAUCUCUCGCAAGAACCUCAAACCCAAGGCACCUACAGUGUGGUGUUCACUAAUAGUGCCCCUCAAAAACGAGAUAAAAGAAAGGUCUAAACAAGCAACUGCGACUAGAUCGAAGAAUCUAAAAACAGCCAAGUCAGAAUCUAAAAGGGCUUUUAUCCAUCCGACAUUAAUAAUACUAAAUAGAUUCUAACGAGCAUUUUGUAAGGAAUGCAACAUAGAAUUUCAGCAGAAAAGGCUAUGGGUGUCAUGGGACUAUAAGUAAUUCCAUUUAAUAAAUUAAUGGAAUAAAAUACUGUACUAACCUAACAGACAAUCAGACAAAAGGCUCUGUCCCAAGACAAAGAGAGAGACAAGUCAUAAUCAUUUACGGAGGAAAUAGAAAAGAAAAUUAAAAGCAAAGUCCCUCAAAAAACCAAAUAAAAACAUUCUAUUAAUUAUAAUAAUAAUGCCAGUCCAGUACCCCCAAAAGUAAUGGCUCCCUAAAGCAGCACUACGUAAAUUCAGAGCAAUAAUUUUAAAUUUUCAUUAACUGAAUACUCCCAAUUAUCCAGAGAACAAUUAUUCUAAACUAAAUUGCAAAACUAUUAGCAUUUCUUGUUUUUGGUUUCCGCAUAGAGUGGAUUCUACACAUUACCUUAGGAUAGUGUGAUCGAUUUGAAAUUUAAGAUCGGCAGAGGAAACAAUUCCCUACUAAUCAAAGAGAUUUUUAAAUUGAGAUGGUGGUGGAACUAGUAUAAAUACAGUGAGUUGGUUGAUUCUGAAAGCAAUUUCAUUUGGACUUAGAUCAAAGUUUAGAAUUACAUGGACACUCAAAAUCCAUCAACAAAUGAAAUUAAAUCAUUGAUGAGAAAGAAAAUGAAUCAACCCUAAUCCUAAACCCAAAUAAAGAAGAAAAUCUAAGUCGAUCCAUUGUUCAGAUUAAUGAACGACGAUUCUGAUUAUAAACAAAUUGAAAGAAACCAAAAAGCGUACUUAAAAUUAAUAAAUCAAAAAGGAUUCACCUUAUUAAAAGUGCAUUCUACUUUGAAGGUAAUUCAAUUUAAUUAAGUUAGAUUCAUAAUCAUAUAGAAAAGAAUUAUCAUUUGGGCAACAAGAAAGCCCUGUACCACAAUCUCAAAAGAUACUAUGAAUUGAUUAAAUAGGAUCUGCAUUCCAUCAUACCAAUAACAUUCCAUGUGCAAAAGGGAUCCAGAGACAAGGUCUACUUGCAAUUCCUAGAGCAUUACAAGAAGUUGCCAAAGUAUUAUUACAUUUCUAUCUAGAGGCUCUACUUGGAUAGUCAAGCCUGGUGAAUUUACCAACAGAGGUACAGGAAUCAUAGUUUGUUAAAAUUUAAAUGAGAUCAACAAAAUCAUAAGUAAAAAGCAAGUCCAUCAAAAUGGAAAACCCUUUACGUAUUUAAUUUAAAGAUACAUUGAGAAACCAUUCCUCUACAAUAAAAGGAAAUUUGACAUCAGGUGUUACUUUCUAAUCACCCAAUUGAAUAAUAUUUUUAGAGCUUAUUGGUACGAAGACGGAUACAUAAGAACCUCAUCAGAGGAAUUCGAUCUAGAUGAUCCUGCUAAUCUUUAUGUCCAUCUAACAAAUGAUGCCAUCUAGAAAUAUGCUGAUACUUAUGGGAGAUACGAGAAUGGUAAUAAAUUGUCAUUGUCUGAAUUCCAAAGAUAUUUAGAGAAUUAACCAAAGAAAUAUAAUUUUUAUAGGGACUUAUACCCUUAAUUGAUUGAGAUUGCCACAAUCAGUAUAAAGUCUGUGUAUUGCAAGUUGGCUCCACAUAAGAAGGAGUUUAAUUUCGAGAUUUUCGGAUUGGAUUUUAUGAUUGAUUCGCAAUUCAAACCAUACUUAAUUGAGAUUAAUACUAAUCCUUGUCUGGAAACUAGUAGCCCAGUUUUGUAGAGAAUAAUACCGUAGAUGGUUGAAAAUGCUAUGAGGUUGUCAAUUGAUACGAUAAUUCCACCACCAGAUGCUACUGUAUGGCCACCUUGUAAAAAGCAUCUUAUUUUUUAUGACAAUUUAUUGGAAAAUAAUAAAUUUCAAUUGAUCUUUGAUGAGAGAGAAGAUUCAGAGGAAUUGAUUAAAUUGUAUGGUGGAUUGUUGCAACAUGAUGAAAUCGAUGAAAUGGAUGAAGAAGAAGAAGAAUAUGAAAGCGAAGAUGAAAAUGAAAAAAAUGAGUAGUGA